UCCACCAUAUGCCACACACUUCAUCCUUUUUUCCACUGAGCUUUGGGCCAGUAGAGUUUUACUGAAGUCGGUUUCUGCAGUUGUUCUGAUGGUGGAGUUAAACUAACCGGGAAUGGCACCUACCACGGAGUCCAGGAUGAACAUGGAGAACAUGAGCAAGGCGGAGCUACUGCUGCUCUUCAGCGUCCUGGAGGGAGAACUGGAGGCACGAGACCUGGUCAUCCAGGCCCUCAGAGCCCAGCACAGGAACAGUUUUGUGCGGGAGCGCUAUGGGAAGUUCAACCUGAGUGAUCCCUUCCUAGCUCUGCAGAGGGACUGGGAGGCGACGCGCGGAGGCCCCAGGGCAGCAGGAGCACCAGGCUCCCAGGGAGAGCCCUCGUCGUCCUCCUCUUCCUCGGCAGGGGAGGUGGCCGUGCACCCCGACCCCCUGGCUGUGCUGAAGCUGGUGGUGGGCCACUGCCGACGCAUGCAGGAGAAGAUGCUAGCACAGCUAGCCGCCGUGGAGAACAGGCACCGCCGGGUCAUUGCAGACCUAGAGGAGGAGAAGAGGAGGCACGCAGAGGACACGGCUGAGGGGGACGACGUCACAUGCAUACUGGAGAAGGAGAGAGAGAGACUACAGCAUCAGCUGGAGUAUGAGCGUGGCCAGUCUCGUCGUCUGGAGCGUGAGCACCGUCGGCUGCAGGACCAGCUGGAGGAGGAGCGCUCCACUCACAAGCAGCUGGCCUCCGCCCUGGCCAGGGAGUGCCAACGCGCCACCUCCAGACUCACGGAGGAAGGCCAGCGGGCCUCAGAGGCGUCCCGGCGUCUAGAGCGCGAGCGCCUGGCCUCCCAGAGCCUGCGUACGCAGCUGGAGGCGGAGAAGAGGCGCGCCCUGCAGACGGAGGCGCGCGUGGAGGAGCAGCUGGCCGAGGUGGACACGGAGAAGGAGCAGCUGAGGGCCAGACUGCGCCGCGAGGAGGCACAGGGCAAGGGGCUGCAGCAAGAGGUGGAGAGGCUGAAGGAGGAGCUGGAGAGGGCUCUACAAGCGGCAGGACGAGGUGGAGGAGGUGGAGGUAGUGCGGAGGAGACCAAGCCAAAGGAGGUAAUGCAGCCAAAGGAGGUGGUAGUGAUGCAGCAGCAGCAGCAGCAGCAGCCACGCAGGAGGCCACUGGAGAGGAGCUCUGUGACCACGCAGAUGGACUCAGGUGAGGAGGAGCCUGAGGAGGUGCAACAAGAGAAGGAGGCCCACCAGAUGAACGGUCACCUCCCUCCACAGAAGGAGCAGCAGGUGGAAGGAAGGAAAGCCAACGGCUUCCAGAACAGUAGCCACCCAGAGAACGGGUCGUCGAACGGUCCGCCCUCCCCAUCGCCGCACACUGUCCACAUCCAGCAGCAGGUGCAGCCGGGCCAGUCUCUAACGCUCACCGCCUCCCCCUGCUCGUCCCCCAUGCUGGCUAAACGCGCUGCCCAAGCCCCACAGCAGUCCACUGCAACCUCCAGCAACACCACUGUUACGGGUAAUACCACCACGACAACUGGUGUGACGUCCGGCAGUGGCGGUUCGAGUUCGGUCACCUUGCAGUCGUCCUACCAGGCCGGCAUCCACCAGCGCUUCCACGCCGCUCGCCACAAGUUCCAGGGCCACCCCGACCCGGAAAACCAGACACAGCCUGGGACAGGGAACGGGAAUGGGAAUGGCAAUGGCAAUGGCAACGGCAACAACAGCAGCGGUAGCAGCAGAGGUUCAGAAGUGGGUUCCCCCAACUCUCCGCGGGCCCUCUCCCCCUGCAGCACCCCGUCUCCCGACUCCAGCCCGGCCCGCCAGAUGGCCCGCAGCACCGUCACCCAGGUGCUGUCCCGCUUCACUGUUCCACAGCCGCCCGGCUCGCCCAAAUCCCCUCCCGCUACCGGUGGUGGUACCGGCAGCGCCGCUACGGCCAGCAACAGCUCCCCGUUCGGCACGGACUACCGCAACAUGGCGCCCAGCUCGCCCUCCCUCCCACGUGGAUCGCCCAGCAGCAGCAGCAGCGGCGUGCUCUCGCCCGGGAUUCGCUCGCCCGUCAUUCCCAGGGCCGAGCGGGGCAUCCCGCCCCCCAUCCCCCCCAAGAAGCCGGGCCUGGCACAGGCACCGCCGUCCCCUGCCACCGUGGCCCGGUCUAACCACCACAACCACAACACCAGCACCACCACCAGCAGCAACCACUUCACAGAGCCCCUCUCGCCUGGCAGCUGCGGGCUCACCAGUGGCCAGGACGGGGUUAAAGAGCUGGACAUGGUGCUGUCGUCCAGUGGCUGACACAGGGUUCAAGUGCCCACCACGUUUCACUGUGUCUUACCUGCAAGCGACGCAAUCAACCGUGUGUAGCACAAUCAGCUUGAGAACAGUGUUCUUAGUAUUGAUAGGACUGUCUUUCUUUAUGAAUGCAUCUUGACAUGCCAUGGGACAGAUAUGAAAUGCAAAUCUUUUUUUCAUGUCAUACUUACAUGGCGUUAACAUGGACUUGAGAACAGGGGUACGCGUCUAAAGAACUUAACAGAACAUAAUGUGGGCUGUGGCUUGCAGAUAGGGUAUAUUGUAUAUUGUAGUUUCCAGUGGACUUGUGUGGCCAUUCUUGUGCACAAAAAGAUCAAAAGAACUCUGAACUUAAUCCAAUACGAGUGUGUUAGGAGGACUGGGAGUGAGCCUGGACAUUUCUAUGGACUCUAUCCCUGCGCUGCAAUUGGCUGUCUCUAGGUCUAGCCGAGUGGGUUUGUCAUAAGCUUUCUUUACUUUCAGACUGAAUCAGGCAAAGGUCAAAUCAAUGGCAAGUGCCUCUGCUAUCCGUCAUAGGUAUGGAUUAUGCUGUAUUGUAUUAUAUUAUUCAUAUACUGUAUAUCUAUGUCCAAACAACUAUGUUUAUACAGUGGGCAUCAAAACGACGUGUCUUUGCCUACAAAGUCUUCAAUCAACAGGUACAGUACUUCCAAUCAGGUUGUAGGGCCAAAAGUAUUUUUGUAUUAGUAGAGUUCCAAAGCCAGCGUUCAAAGGCACUUGACAGCUUGAUUCCAACAUGUGUGAGAUAUUAUGUGUCUAUAUUUACAUUUUAUAUUAUUGUUUGACCAAAUACUUUUUACAUGUAUUGUACACAGUAGAUUUUACGUGUAAUCAAUGAAUUUUGUAAUAGCAAAUCAAACAGCUGUAGUGAAUACACUGUAAUAUAUAUUUUGAUUAUUUUCCUGAAAUGCAUGAUAAUCACAGCAGAUUUUUAAACAUGUCUAAAUCGUGGAAAAUUCAAAUUAUACCGUAAUGGUGCACAUCAAAACAUCCACUUCAAGAGGUAAGACGACAUAUUUUUAUAGACUAUAAUUAGACAAAACAUUUUGUUCAUCUGUUACAAUACUGCAUUUAUUGUACUUAUAUUACAUAUACAUUCAUACUAAGCUUUGUGUUGUGUCACUUGUAAACCACGAGCUUCCACAUUAUUGUACUGCAUAGUUAUUGUGAGAAAAAUACUGCUAUAGGUAUGUAUGAAUUAUCCAAAUCCAUUUAACACAGCCCCCAUUAUCAAGUGCAUUUUAGAGUUGUUGUUGUUUUUUUUUAAACACUGUUUGGUCAGCUUAAAUUUAGCAUGUCUGAAUAGGUACAGUACAGUAGGUAGGUGAUUUUGGCCAUUGUCAUUGUCGACUGAUUACUGUCGCAACAAAUGAGCGCUGUGUUGUUUUGUGGUAAUCGAUUGUCAUUCAUGUGUGUCGUUGUGCAUUUGUGUGAUUGAAUGACAGGAGUUGGAAGAUUGGACAAAUAGGGCUGGCUGUGACAAUGUUAUGAAUAGAAAGGACGAAACUUUUCCAACCGUGUCUUGUUUUAUUUUAUCAUGAUGGAUCUCUUC